AAACCAAAGGACAUUUAUGAUCUUGGCAACUUCAAAAGUGCCCACGUUUAUGGCGGCAAUGAUUGGUUAAUUAUUCAGUAUACAGGUGAAAAGUAUACUACCCAUUGUAAUAAGAAAAACAGAAUAUCAAUAUUUUAUAUUGGAUGUGAUCAAUCUGCUACCACUCCUAAAAAAAGAAAACCAAGAAUUAUCGAAGAGUAUCGACCAAAUGAACCUGAUAAUGAUUUCUGUUAUUAUUUAUUUGAAAUGAAACAUAAUGGUGUAUGUCCUCCAGAGAAGAGUAAAAUCAGCCCAGGAUCAGUGUUUAUUAUAAUCAUUGCGAUUAUUGUUUUUCUUUAUUUGCUGUUGGGAUUUCUUUAUCAAAGAUUUAUUGUUGGUGCAAAAGGAAUGGAACAGAUUCCUAAUUAUUUAAUGUGGAGAGAGUUUGGAGCAUUACAAGCUGAUGGUUGUAAUUACAUAUGUAGAGGUCGAGGUAGAAAAGAACCAACUCGAUACAAACCAAUGGAUGAUGCUAUUGCUGAUGAUGACUUUAGUUUAGAAAAUGAUGAUAAUGAUGACACAAUGUUACCUAUGUAGUAAUUUUUCAUUAAUUUGAUGAAUUAUAUCACUCUUUAUUGAUUAGUAAGUUAUACUCUUUAGUAAUUUUUUCAUUAAUUGGAACAAUCAGAACACUCAUUAAUGAUGAGGGAGUAAUUACACUCUUUAGCAAUUUUUGCAAUAAUUGAAACAAUAAGGGCACCCAUUAAUGACAGGCGAGUUCUUGUACUAUUUAUACUUAGUGAAUGUAAUUUUAUCAUUAUUACUUCAUAAUCAAUGACUCAGUUGUAUGGCAAUUUCUUGAUAAGUUAGAUAAUGAUUUGAACAAACAUAUUUUCACGAUAUAGGAUGAAUUAAAUGUGAGAAAACAUUUUAAA